AUGCGGGACCUGGGUGUGGGGCUGGGGAGGCAGGAAACCCCACACCAGGACCAGAUGCUGUUGCUGUUGCAGCUCUCUGUUGCGCCCCAGUUCCUGCCACACUCCUUGCGUGUCGCCGAUCUGGCUGCAAAUGAAGUGGUGGAAAUCUUUCCUCUCACCUUUGGGGAGAAGCCUGAGCUCCGGUCUGUGUAUCUCCACAACAACCGACUGAGCAACACUGGUUUGCCACCUAACACCUUCCAUGGAUCGGAGGCCAUUACCACCCUAAGUCUCUCCAGCAACCAGCUCAGCUACCUACCACCCAGCCUCCCAGCCUCCCUGGAGCGGCUUCACCUGCAGAACAAUCUUAUCUCCAAGGUGCCCAGAGGAGCACUGAGCCUCCAGACUCAACUCCGAGAGCUAUACCUCCAGCAUAAUCAGUUGACAGACGGUGGCCUGGAUGCUACUACCUUCAGCAAACUGAGCAGCCUUGAGUACCUGGACCUGUCCCACAACCGGCUGGCCACAGUGCCUGAGGGUCUACCUGGAACCCUGACCAUACUGCACCUGGGUCGCAACUGCAUCCGGCAGGUGGAAGCGGUGCGGCUGCACAGAGCAAGGGACCUGCGCUACCUGUUGCUGCAACACAAUGAACUGGGGGCCUCAGCCCUGCCUGCGGGGACGCUGAGGCCUCUGAGGGCUCUGCACACGCUGCACCUCUAUGGCAACAGGCUCGAGCGCGUGCCCCCAGCAUUGCCCCGCCACCUGAAGGCCCUGGUGAUGCCCCACAACCGCGUGGCUGUGCUAGGUGCACGAGAUUUGGUUUCUGCACGAACCCUGGCUGAGCUCAAUCUGGCCUACAACCGCCUGUCCAGCGCGCACGUGCAUCCCGGUGCCUUCCGCCGCCUGCGUGUCUUGCGCAGCUUGGACCUGGCCGGCAACCAGCUGAGCCGGCUGCCAGAGGGCCUGCCAGCCAGUCUGCGCUUCCUGAAACUGCAACGUAACCAACUGCGGGCCCUGGAGCCAGAGCUACUGACCGGCCUAAAUAAGCUGCAGGAGCUAAGCCUGGCACACAACCGGCUACGCGUGGGCGACAUAGGGCCUGGCACCUGGCAUGAGUUGCAGGCACUGCAGGUGCUGGAUCUGAGCCACAACGAGCUAUCCUUUGUGCCCCCUGACUUGCCCGAGACCCUCCAGGAGCUGCACCUGCAGGCUAACCGUAUCAGCCACGUGGGCCCAGAGGCCUUCCUCAGCACACCUCACCUGCGUGCCCUCUUUCUGAGGUGAGGGGCAGGGGAGUCUGGAUGAUGACAGUAGCUUUUCCAAGUCACCAGCC